GAGGGUGCACCACGAGGAGGUGUUAGUAGGAAAGCUCCAGUCCUGACAGAGAAGAGUUUUCUAUUUUUAGGGAGACUGGAAUGUGCAGAGAGGCCUCUCCAAGAAUUUCAGAACAACAAAAUAACAUACCACGGUCGCACUAGUCGCUAUAAACAUCCACCUGCCAAACUCACUGAAGAACUUUCAGAAGUGAACUGUUUUAGAAAACAGGGACAUCGUACUGUAGAGUUUAGGCUCUACUUUCGUCUUGAUGAUACAAAGCUAAUUGCAGAACAAUAUAGAAUGUGCUUCAAAUCAGCUGAGAUAAGCAUAGAUGGUCUUAUAUCAGAUGUACUGCACUAUAAAGACAAAGAGUUGAUCUCCACCCUCCCUCUGCAACUGAACAGCUUGAGGAAGGAGAAAAUCCUCACUGAUGUUGUCCUUUGCUCUGAGGGCAAGGAAAUCCCAUGUCACCGGAAUGUUCUGGCAUCCAGCAGCCCCUACUUCUAUGCUAUGUUUUGCAGCAGUUUUCUGGAGAGCCAGAAGACAAAGAUAGACCUACAAGAUGUUCCUUAUGACACUCUCAUGAGUAUUGUGGAAUAUGUUUACACAGGGUCCAUCAGCAUCACCAUGGAACUGGUGUUCCCUUUGAUGCAAAUUUCUUCCAUGCUUCAGUAUGGAAGGCUUUUUGAGACCUGCUCAAGCUUCCUUCAGUCCCAGCUCAGACCAGACAACUGCCUGAGCAUGAUACGUCUCUCCGAAAUCCUGCACUGUAAUAGCUUGCAGGAAAAAGCAAGAGAGGUGGCAGUGAAGAGCUUCUCAGAUGUAGUGGUCUCUGAGGACUUCUGUGAACUCUCGCUACCUGAAUUGUUGAGCUACUUGGAGGACGACAGGCUGUGUGUUGGGGAGGAGCAAAUAUUCGAGACUCUUCUAACUUGGAUCCACCAUGAUCUGUUCUCUAGGCGUGGCACCAUUCACGACUUGUUCCGUCGAGUGAGACUAAGACAUAUCCACCCUUCGUAUCUUUUCCAGUUCAUUGCCAAUGACCCCCUUGUCCAGUCCUCAUCUUUGUGCACAGAAAUAAUUGAAUCUGUUCAGCGUCUUCUCUUUUCUGUCGGCACUCAUUGUCCUGGUGACUUGGAACCUCUCUGGGCAGCACCUCGACGUCAGAACUGUAAGGAGGCACUUGUAGUUGUUGGAGGUCGUAAGAAUGGUGAGCGGACGUCUCGUGAUACACUGCUCUAUGAUGAGAAGACACAGUGUUGGCAGUGGCUGGCAAAGAUUCCUUUGCGGCUCUACCGGCCAUCUUAUGUGUGUAUGCACAGCAUCCUUUAUGUGCUGGGGGGCUUAACUAUAAAAGCAGGAGGGGUGUGCACACCAAGCAACACUGUGUACACACUUUCUCUCAAAACAAACCAAUGGAGAAUGGGAGAACCAAUGCUAAUGCCUCGAUAUGCCCAUCAUAGUCCCUCUUACCUGCAUUUCAUUUUUGUACUGUGUGGAUUGAUGGCUGAUGGACAGCUCUCCAGUGAAGUAGAGCGAUAUGACACCAUGUUCAACCAAUGGCAGGCUAUGGCCCCAAUGCCCACUGCAGUUUUGCACCCAGCUGUAGCAGCACAUGACCAGAGAAUAUACGUGUUUGGAGGGGAAGACGCCAUGCAGCAACCAGUUCGAAUGAUCCAGGUCUACCACAUAGGAAGGAAUCUGUGGUGUAAAAUGGAGAAUAGGUCAGUGAAGAACAUCUGUGCGCCAGCUGCAAUGAUUGACGGUAAAAUCUACAUUGUUGGUGGCUAUACAAGAAGAAUGGUAGCCUAUGAUGUUAAAACCAACAGGUUAGAAAAAUGUGCAAGUAUGAAGGCAAGGAAGAUGCAUCAUUCUGCUACUGCUGUAAAUAACCAGAUCUGUGUUACGGGGGGGCGUUUCUUUAAUAGUAAUGAGAGUGUGGAAGACUCAGACUGCUUUGACUGCUAUGAUCCAAAGACAGAUUCAUGGGUGUCAAAGGGAACUUUGCCAUUCAAGUUAUUUGACCAUGGUGCCGUACCCCUGGUCUAUCUCUCUGAUAAGUCUCUGUCUACAUGAUUGUACAUUAUUUAUUUGACUGUGCUACAAUAUAGCUUAGCAACUUAAAGGAUUCAAAUAUAAAUGACUGUUUGCAAACACUAAAAUUCUUGAUUUACAGUAGAUGACAGAUCAUACUAAGACAUUCAGAGGAAGAUCUAAAGAAAAAAAAAAUCAGCGCCUAUUAUGAUAGAAAGGCAAAGAAAGCUUUCUUUAAGUGUCUCUAUGUUUGUACAUGUUGCAUUUUGAAUGUGUGUGAAGGGUAAAUUUCCAUUCGUUAAUAUUAGUUCAUGAAUUAGGCAUCAUAUAUUUUUUACAGCAUUUAUUAAUCUUAGUUAAUGUUAGUUGUUAGUUCAUAGUGCAUUAACUAAUGUUAACAAAUACAACAUUUGAUUUUAAAAAUAUAUUAGUAUACUUUGACAUUAACAUUAACCAAGAUUAAUUAAUGCUGUAAAAGUAUUGUUCAUUGUUAGUUCAUGCUAACUAAUGUUGUUAACUAAUGUAAACAAAUGGAACCUUAUUGUUAAGUGUUACCAUGUGAAGUUAUUUUUUAAGAUAUUUCAAAUGAAGAGCACAUAGACAACACAACAGAUGCGUUUACAGAUGUGAUAACAUUAAGCUCACCCUGUCUAACAUAUAAUUAAAUAGUAUUAGUGUUUAUUAUAUCAUACACUUUACCUUUGAAACUAUUCACAAUUCUCUCCUGUACUUAGCACUUGAUACUGAAUAGUUUCAGACUUGCAUUCUUUGUUUACAUGGGUACUUUUAUUUAAACACAUUCCUCAAUUUUGUAAAUUGAUUAUUUAUUCAUGAUUUUUCAAAGAUGUAAUGGUUAUCUGUUGAAAAGUAAUUUAGUUGAACAGUAAUGCAUUCAAAAUGACAAAAAAAAUUAUAUUAAAUGCUUCCUUAAUAUUUAUGCUUUUUUUGUUGUUGUUUCUUACCACAAUGGUUAUGCAUCAACUUUGCAUUGUUUUUUGGAACAAUUUGUUU